GAAUUGGGGGUGUAAGAAAAAAGAGUCACUUCGUACUGCUUCGGAUGAUGUGGAACUUACAGAAGUGCCUUCGAAUGCUUAGAAACAAUACACAUGACUUUAUCUAAUUAACACAUUCACAUAAUAUAGAUAAUUUUAAUUAUAAAUAGAAAAAAGAAUCUGUUUAUUUGUUUUGUUUACUAAAAAAAAAAACAUUUUACCGACCGAACACAAUUAUUGUAUUGACAAGUGACCGGGAAAGUAUUUUACAAUUUUUUUUUUUUUUGAUUUUUUUAAAUAAAAUCAAGUUUUGUUUUUUAAUUUACAAUUUCAUUUUUUCGGUGAAAUGAAACGAUUAAUUUUAAUUAAUAUUUUACUCGUUAUUGUGAUUGCGGACGCUGUACCGAGACCUGAUGAUGAGACAAAGCAGAGGAUUAUUGAUAAGGAUCUCAGCGAACAGGAGCAUUUUAUAAAUUCCGAGCACAAUCCAGCUUACGAUCACGAUGCAUUCCUGGGUGAAGAGGAAGCGAAGACAUUCGAUAAAUUGAGUCCAGAGGAAAGUACACGGCGAUUGGAGAUAAUUGUCGAUAAAAUUGACAAGGAUCAAGAUGGAUUUGUCAGUCAAGAGGAGCUUAAAGAUUGGAUUCAAUUCACGCAGAAGCGAUAUAUUUACGAUGACAUUGAUCGCCAAUGGAAAUCGCAUAAUCCCGAGGGAAAGGAGAAAAUACCAUGGGGAGAAUAUAAGGAUGCAAUUUAUGGAUUUUUGGAUGAGAAUGAUUCAACGGGCGAUGGUGGCGACAGUGAUAAUAAUUCCUAUUUAGUCAUGUUGAAACGUGAUCGUAGAAGGUGGAGUGCAGCCGAUCAGGAUGGCGACGAUGCGCUAACGCGUGAGGAAUUCGCCGCCUUCCUUCAUCCCGAGGAACACAUUCACAUGAGGGACAUUGUCGUUGAGGAAACAAUGAAUGACAUUGAUAAAGACAGCGAUGGCAAAAUUUCACUCACUGAAUAUAUUGGCGAUAUGUACCAAAAAGGAGAUGAAGAAGAAGAGCCAGAAUGGGUGAAAAAUGAAAAGGAACAUUUUACCGUCUAUCGAGACAAAAAUAACGACGGUUUUCUCGAUUUCGAGGAAGUGAAAAAUUGGAUAAUUCCCGAAGACUUUGAUCAUGCGGAAGCUGAAGCUCGUCAUUUAAUUUACGAAGCUGACAGUGAUGAUGAUAAAAAAUUAACGAAAGCCGAAAUUGUUGCCAAAUACGAUGUUUUCGUUGGAUCGCAAGCGACAGAUUUUGGUGAAGCUUUAGGAAGACAUGACGAAUUUUAGAAUUUAAAUAAACAUUUCAUUAUUAUUCAGUGAUCUGAAUUUUAAAUAUAAGAUUUUCUUCUCGAACAAAAAAUCUCUAAUUUAAGCUUUAAAAAUAUUUCUACAUUAGAAAUCCUCUUUUUUUUUACAUUUAUAAAUUUUUUUAUUACUUCA